GGUUAUAUUGUUUUACUCUUUUUAUAUUGGAUUUUUUAAAAAAUAAUUUGUAAGCCGCCUAGACUCUAGAGUCACUGAAAGUAGCCAUGUAAAUUCUCGAAGUAAAUAAAUCCUUUAAAUAAAUAAAAGAUUUCUAGCAAGGAAGGGAAGACGCAUGAAAAGGGAGGCUGUGGGCUGGAUCCAAAGAUGAAACAAUUAGACCCACUGGUGGAUCUGAAUUUGGAGAAGGGCCCUGAUGAGACUUUGGUUCCUGGAGAGUUUCCAGGCUGCCUAGCAUCGAAACAGAUCAAACCAGAUCCUGAAGGAGGACAAGCCAAGGAUUGGGAAGGCCAGGGUCAGGAAUCCUUAAAGGCAAGGCGUCUCCCUCGUUCCGUUGGGGGGCAGAGGAAUUCUGACCCCUGGGACGAUGCCAAGGCAUUUCUGAUCUCCUUCGAGCAAGUGGCUGAAGCUUGCCGGUGGCCUAAGGCUGAAUGGAUGGCCCGGCUUCUGCCGGCACUCACCGGAUCAGCCAGAGAAGCCUUUCACGGCCUAGACACCAGAGACCAAGGGGAUUAUGAGAAAGUCAAGGCUGCCAUCUUGCGAUGGGCAGCCUUCAAAAUGGAGGCCCGGCGCCAGCGUUUUCGCCGGUUCCGCUACCAGGAGAUUGAAGACCCACAGAGGGUUUACAGACGUCUCCGGGAGCUUUGCCAUCAGUGGCUGAAACCGGAGAGGCACACCAAGGAGCAGAUCCUGGAGCUGCUGAUCCUGGAGCAGUUCCUGGCCAUCCUUCCCCCGGAGAUCCAGAGCUGGGUCCGGGAAUGUGACCCAGAGAAUUGGGUCCAGACUACAGACCUGAGGGAGGAUUCAUUGAUGAGCCAACGGGAGGCAGAGACGUGGAAACGGCAGGUGCCGGUAUCUUCCAAAGACAGGAUUGGAGAUGCAUGCAAUUCUCUAAAGGAAGUGCUGUUUGUGGAGAAUGAAGAGUAUAUUUUAAGGCAUCGGAGGUCAACACAUCCAGAUGAUGAAAACAGCCCUUGCAGCCAUCCAGUAUCUUUUCUUCCACCCGAGGGACAAGACUUCGUUGAAACAGGACCAAAUGAGGGAUCGGUGGACUUCGAACUGGCUGUGCAUUUCACGGAGGGAGAAUGUUCUUCACUGGACCCAGCCCCAAAAGCUUUUUACAAAGAGAUCCUGCAAGACGGUCGUGAACAGGGAACAUCUUUGGAUCAACUCACUGCAACCGAGAUCAAGGAAGAAACGCUCCAGCUGGGCAGCCCUGAACUGGAGGGAGACCACCAACCAGAAAGCUCCUGUGAGGAAGGAUUUGUGAAGCCCCUUCUCCAGAAAGGAGACACCGAGUUAGAAAACACAGAAGGGACAACCCUGCCAAGGAGGUGGCUUUGGGAAGGGGGCCAGAACCUCAACCAGCAUUUAACCCACGUAAGUGAGCAAUGUCCCGAAUGCAGGGAACAAUUCUACCCUCAGCCGCCGAUGAUAAAGCAUCAGAGGACCCACACGGAUGAAAAAUCGACAGAGCAGCAUAAUGUCCACACAAAGGAGGAGAUAUCCAUCAGCUGUCCCAGCUGCGAAAACAGCUUCUUUGCGCAGGGGAGGCCAGGCACGCCCAAGGGGUUUGGGAGACACUUCCGCGAGUGGAUUCAGCCAAGCCAGCAUCACGCGAGGCAAGAGGGAGACAAGGUUUACGAGUGUUCGUUAUGUCGGAAGGAAUUCCGGAGAAAACGCAACCUCACGGCACACCAGAAGACCCACACGGGGGAAAGGCCGUACGGGUGUUCGCAGUGUGGGAAAAGCUUCAGCGAGAAAGCCAAGCUGAUCCGACACGAGAGGGUCCACACCGGGGAGAAACCGUACUCCUGUCCCGCUUGCCCGAAAAGCUUCAGUCAAAGAGAGACGUUGCUGAAGCAUCGAAGAAUCCACACAGGAGAGAAACCUUAUCAGUGUUUAAUCGGUGGGGAAAAUUUUGGACCGAGAGAGACGCUGUGGCAGCAUCACCAAAUUCACCCAGGGAGAAACGUCAGUAAUGUUUUGUGAAGCUUGGAAGCGAAUGAGGGAGGGAGGUCCUCAGCUUACGACUGCUAUCGAACUCCUCAAAAUUCUGUUGCUAAGCAAGACAGUCGUUAAGUCAGUUUCGCCCCGUUUUAUGACUUUUCUUGCGGUCGUUAAGGGUUAAGCCGCCCGGUUGUUUCGUUAAAAGAUGGGUGGCAAAUAAAUUUAAUAAAUAAAUAAAA